AUGUCGUUCCGUGGUGGUCGUGGCCGUGGUGGUGGUGGCUCCUUCCGUGGCCGUGUGGUUGGCUCAUACAUCCAGCCUUGCGAGGGUGAUUUGGUCUGCAAGCUUGAAAACCGCAACAUCCCUUAUUUCAACGCCAUGAUCUACCUCGAGAACAAGUCAGAGGUCGGCAAGGUCGAAGACGUCUUUGGCACCAUCACCGAUGUGCACUUUACCAUCAAGCUGUCACCAGGUAUCAAGGCUGAUGGCUUCAACUCGGACAGCAAAUUUUACAUUGACCCCUUCAAGUUGCUGCCCAUGGACAAGUUCCUGCCUCAGCCUGGCGGUGCCAAGAGCCGUGGCCGCGGCCGUGGUCGCGGUGGUGGCCGCGGCGGUCCCAUGAAGCGCGGUGGUUUCGGUGGCCGUGGCGGUAGCUUUGGUGGUGGCCGUGGCGGUAGCUUUGGUGGUGGCCGUGGUGGCCGUGGCGGAAGCUUUGGUGGUCGUGGUGGAGGAGGCUUUGGUGGUCGUGGUGGUGGUAGCUUCCGUGGCCGCGGUGGUGGCGGCUUCCGCGGUGGCCGGUAA